AUGGGGAAGGGCCCCUUCUCUUUCAAGCGAAGCAGUAGCAGCAAACGCCGCCCCAAGAAGUUCAUUGGCCCCCCACCUUCCCCUUUCCCCUCGCCGCCGCAGCCGAUGAGAUCUCCGCCAACAAACAAUAACAAUGCCAAUUAUAAUAAUAAUCUGGGUGUGGUGGCGGGUGGUGCUGCUGCUGUAAAGGGGAAGAAGAAGGCCGGAGGAGCCAGGCUCUGGAUGCGAUUUGACAGCUUCGGCGGAUCAGAGCUCGUCGAGUGCGACAAGAACGCUAUCAUUCGGCGCGCUGCCAUUCCCGCCCGAGACCUGAGGAUUCUUGGCCCUGUCUUCUCCCAUUCCUCCAGCAUCCUUGCUAGGGAGAAGGCCAUGGUGGUUAAUUUAGAGUUUAUAAAGGCUAUAGUUACAGCUGAAGAGGUUCUGUUGCUUGAUCCUCUUAGGCAGGAGGUUCUUCCAUUUGCAGAUCAGCUAAGGCAACAGCUUCCUCAGAAAAGCCAAUCCAGGAUUGAAGAAGCAAGUCCACUUGAUGAACAAGAUAAUGGAAUGGAUGUUUCAACAGGAAGGCAAUGGUUACCUGUUCCAGAGGCCACUGAAGGUUUGCAGUGUGAUCUCCCAUUUGAGUUUCAGGUUCUGGAGAUUGCAUUAGAGGUUGUCUGUACAUUCUUGGAUUCAAGUGUGGCAGACCUUGAGAGAGAAGCUUACCCAGUGUUGGAUGAACUUGCCAGAAAUGUUAGCACCAAGAACCUUGAACUUGUGCGGAGUUUGAAAAGCAAUCUUACCCGUUUGCUUGCACGUGUACAGAAGGUGAGGGAUGAAAUUGAGCAUUUGUUGGAUGACAAUGAAGAUAUGGCGCAAUUAUAUUUGACAAGGAAAUGGAUUCAGAAUCAACAAUCUGAGGCUUUUUUGGGCCGUUCUGCCUCAAUUAGCAUCAGCAACACCGCACCCCAUCUUCGUCGUCUUAGUUCUAACAAAAGCGGGAGCUUGGUAACUAGCAACAAUAUGGAUUAUGAUGAUGUAGAGGAUCUAGAGAUGCUUCUUGAGGCAUAUUUUAUGCAACUAGAUGGAACCCGUAACAAGAUAUUGUCUGUACGGGAGUAUAUCGACGACACAGAGGACUAUGUCAACAUUCAACUCGACAACCAGCGAAACGAACUCAUUCAGCUCCAGUUGACGUUGACCAUUGCAUCAUUUGCUGUAGCAGUAGAAACCUUGAUAUCUGGGAUCUUUGAUGGAAGAAGCUGCUUGGUUCAUGAGUCCACUAUGUCAUCUUCUGUAGAUAAUACUAGAUUCGCACACUUAUUCAAGAACCCUACUAACGGGAAGGGUUUGAAGUAUAUGCUGAAAUGUAGGGCCAGCAAAGAAUUGCUUGUGAUACAUUUUAGGUGA